AUGAAGACAGGAAGCCACUGGAAUAAUACCACCGCACGGAUUCUACCUGCUAAAGUACGUUACCUAGGCCAUAAAGGCAGCGACGGUUCGGACAAGACCACGUUUCGGCCGACUUCUACGAAAUGGAGGACAUCGCUUACACGAGAUACUUGUGGCACAUCUAGCAUCCAGAUACUGGAUGCCCAACCUGUAGAACAAGCUGGAUUUCGCCAGGGAUUCAGCUGCGUACGUCAGACCCAGACAGUUUCGAGGACUAUCGAGGUUUGCCGAGAGUACCACUUACCUCUUGUCCUAACCUUCGCUGGCUAUGAGAAAGCGUUUGACAGCGGAUGGGACUAA